GACUGUGGGUAUCGAAAGGACGAACAGCAGUGGAAGAUCUUGUACUAGAGGUACACUACGAAGCAAACCCCUAAUUUUAUCAGUAUUUUAGUGCUCUGUAGUUUCUGAACUCGAAGAUAUCUGAAUUGAGUCAUCUGGGGUUAUUUUGGGGCACUGAAGUUCUCGAUCAACUCCAUCAGAUCAUCUGGCAGCUGAGAGUGUAGAUCGUAGAUCAGUAGAGAUCAUUUUGUACGUUUUGAUUAGAAUGUGAGCUGACUUGGUCAUCAUUGACAUCAUUGGAUGCUACACACAAUGUUGGCAAAUACAAACGACUUUCCCCUUGGACCUCCUCCAAUACAUGAAAUGGCUCAAGAUGUGAACAGCUGCCAUGAUCCACAGAAGAAAGAUAUCAGUGAGACUUCCAAUAAAACAACAGACAAUGUGGAAUUUGACGAUCCUCCACCAUACAAAGAGAAAGAAUCUCCAACACACACUGUUAAUAGCUUCCAGUUUCUUUUUCCACUUAUUACACGUCCCUGGAAAAGAUUCUUUAGUCUGUGUUGGAGAAACCAGUGGAGUAUUUCUGCUGAAAAUUUUGGCCACAACAUGACAUACUAUCAGUUGAACUAUAUAUGGUUGCUACUUAUCCUCGUUGUUGUUUCACUGGUGAUGAUUGACUCUGCAGACUUAAACUUUUGUGUGCUGUGGACAUGCGUUACAGUCAUUCUAAUCUAUGUGCUGAAUGUCAUUGGAUGUUGCCCCAUUGAGUUGUUGGGACGGAAGCUAUCCCUUUCAGAACAGUUAACAGCACUGAUCAUGCUUGAGCUUCCCUUCUAUGGAUUAUUUCCCACUGCUGUCCCUUUUAUAUUUUACAUUGCUCCAUUUGCUUGUUUUGUAAUGGCCCAUGCAUGUUUAACGCCAGUCAACAAGGGUGUAGCAGGGAUUGCUGAAAUUUAUGACAUCUGAUCUGGGAAAUGCAAGAAUAAGUUCUAUUCAAGUCUCCACAAUCAAAGAAGAGAAUGAUAUUUUUACAACUUUGUAGAAACUUCAUAGGAAUAGAAUGGAUACAAUGAAUGGUGUGGAGAGAGGGACUUAAUUAAGUCGUUUUGUAAUGCCAGUGGGUGGUGUAUUGCACUCCAGUGUCCUCUAUCAAGGCUGUGGUCUAAGAAAAUUGUAAGGAGCCCAAAGUUCCCCAACCAUGAAAUCCUGGGUACCCAGCACUUAAUGUUAUAUGAAAAAUGUAAGUUUUUCCAGUCACCCAAAAGCAAAAGUUAGUCACUUGUGACACCAGGGCACUUCUAGAGCACAGCCCCAUCUAUAGCAAUUUAAUCGCAUGGCAUUACAGUUGGGGGUGAUAAUGUAAGGUAAGCUUUAGAAGUCAGGAGUAAAUUGUACACAUUUAUUCAAGAUCUCUCAGUGUUGAAAUUAACUCAGCUUGUUUCCAGUGCAGCAUCAGAGAAAAGAAGAGUAAUAUUUAAGUUGUAUUAAAGGUAGAGGUAAAUCAGUUGUGUUUUCUAAGGUUAGGGUACUUAGCACUGCUAGCAUGUAGAGCCGUUUCAAUCUUUCCUAGGAAAGAUUAAGGUAGCUCUGCUAGCAGGGUAAGAAUAUCUUUAAAAAUUAAAAUUACCUAAAAAGGAAAGAAGUACAUGUAGCUGUGACCAAAACUCUACUGUAGAUAUUUUCCAAUAUUUAUUGGAAAUAUGUUAUCAGUAGUACACUAUAUACACAGUCGAGAAUAUUUUAUUGGUAAAAUUGUAAAUAAGAAAAACAAACUUGUUUUAUUCUUGUAAGGAAAGGUGUAUAUUAGUUUACGCAAUUAAAAAAUAGAAUGAAAAUAAAAUAAUUAUAUUUGUGUGAUGAAUGAA